UUCACUAAAAAAACAAUAAAAAAAACAUUGGCCUGUUAGGACGAAAAGCAAGCAUUAGUAAUUGUAGCAUCAGUGUGACACAAUCAACCCUAAUCUUUCUUUCGAAUUCCAAAAUUGUUCAUACGCCCAUUGCCUUUCUUCUUCCAAGUUCUAUACCCUGCACUUUGCUUCUCUAUUGCCAUCUUCGAAAGUUCUGUUCUUUAGCCUCUGUUUCGAAUCUAAGGCCCUAUCUAGAUGAUUUCUCUGAAGAAAUCUCAUGUUCAAACAUUUGGUAAAACAUGCAUAGAUGCCUCUUUUGUGUUCGCAAAAUUUUUGUGGAGUUAAAUGACUUAUCAUUUUAUUGAACACUUGUACUGCAUUUGAUUUUGUUGCCAAAUGGAGGACCACACUUUUGUUGUUGGUCAAGAGUUCCCCGAUGUCAAGGCUUUCCGUAAUGCAAUUAAAGAAGCUGCAAUUGCACAACACUUUGAACUUCGUAUUAUAAAAAGUGAUCUGAUUCGAUACUUUGCAAAGUGUGCCUCAGAGGGUUGUCCAUGGCGCAUUCGAGCAGUUAAGCUUCCUAAUGUUCCAACCUUCACUAUAAGAAGCCUUGAAGGGACUCAUACUUGCGGGAGAAAUGCACAAAACGGUCACCAUCAGGCUUCUGUGGAUUGGAUUGUGAGCUUUAUAGAGGAACGACUGCGAAAUAAUAUCAAUUACAAACCAAAGGAUAUAUUACAUGACAUUCAUAAGCAAUAUGGAAUCACUAUCCCUUACAAGCAAGCUUGGCGUGCAAAGGAACGGGGACUUGCAGCAAUUUAUGGCUCUUCUGAAGAAGGAUACUGCCUACUUCCUUCAUAUUGUGAACAAAUUAAAAGAACUAACCCUGGAAGUAUUGCAGAGGUGUUCACUACUGGCGCAGAUAAUCGGUUCCAAAGGCUCUUUGUUUCUUUCUAUGCUUCCAUAUAUGGCUUCUUGAAUGGGUGUGUCCCUAUCAUUGCACUUGGUGGAAUCCAACUUAAGAGCAAAUAUCUUGGUACCUUACUUGUAGCCACAUCUUUUGAUGCUGAUGGUGGAUUGUUCCCGGUAGCGUUUGGUGUUGUCGAUUUAGAAAAUGAUGAGAGCUGGAUGUGGUUCUUAUCUGAGUUACAGAAUGCAUUAGACAUGAACACAGAUAAUAUGCCACAGUUCACCUUUUUGUCUGAUGGACCGAAAGGCAUUAUAGAUGCGGUAAGAAGAAAAUUCCCAAGUUCUUCUCAUGCAUUUUGCAUGCGCCACUUGAGUGACAGCAUUGGUAAAGAAUUCAAAAAUUCAAGGCUUGUCCAUCUUUUGUGGAAAGCGGCAUGUGCUACCACUACCAUUGGAUUUAAAGAAAAAAUGGUUGAAAUUUCAGAGGUUUCAUCUGCAGCUGCAAAGUGGUUGCAACAGUUUCCUCCCAGUCAGUGGGCCUUGGUGUAUUUUGAAGGAACACGGUAUGGUCAUCUGUCUUCAAAUAUUGAAGAAUUUAAUAGAUGGAUUCUUGAAGCCCGAGAGUUGCCUAUAAUUCAGGUGAUUGAGCGAAUUCACAGUAAACUAAUCGCAGAGUUUGAGGACCGGCGUUUGAAGAGUAAUUCUUGGUUUUCAGUACUGGCUCCAUCUGCUGAGAAACGCAUGAUUGAAGCUAUUAACCGUGCAUCAACGUAUCAAGUUCUUCGAUCUGAUGAAGUUGAAUUUGAGGUUAUAUCAGCAGAGCGCUCAAACAUUGUGAAUAUUGGGACCCAUUCUUGUUCCUGCCGCGAUUGGCAGCUUCAUGGAAUACCAUGUUCACAUGCUGUUGCAGCAAUCAUAUCCUGUAGAAAAGAUGUAUAUGCUUUUGCAGAGAAGUGUUUUACUGUUUCUAGUUACCGUGAAGCAUAUGCAGAAGUCAUAUGCCCUAUCCCCGAAAAAAUUGGGUGGACAAAAAUGGGUGACACACCUAUGGAUGAUGAUGAUGCUCAAAUUGUACUGCCACCAAAAUUUCGUCGGCCGCCUGGACGCCCAGAAAAGAAAAGAAUUUGCAUAGAAGACCUUAAUCGUGAGAAACAUACUGUGCAUUGUAGUAGAUGUAACCAAACGGGUCAUUAUAAGACAACUUGCAAGGCAGAUAUUAUGAAGGGCAUUGAACAGUUUUAGGAGUAUAAUUUUGUAAAGUAGAGAUCACCACUAUAAUGCUGAGUAGAGUAGUGUGCAAUGCUUAGGGUAUGCUUUGAUAUUUAAGUAUGUAAAAUAGGAAAUUGUCCAUUGUACCACAAUGUUUGUAUAUUUUAUAUGUAUCAUAGGCUAUCUAGAUCCUGCUUUUUGGUUUAGAAGGUUGGAAAGCUGUUUGAGUUAUAUUGUCUACAUUUCCAAGCAAACACCUAGAGAACUAUUGUGGUUGUAAACAUUUUGUUCUUUA